UCUGCGGUGAAGAUCUCUGUGGUCAUUCCCCCUUCUGUAAUGCUAUUCCCGCGAGCAAACCCAUCGAGAAACAAAUGGCCAGGUGGUCGCCGGCCAGAAUCAAAACCCCUCCCGGGACGGCUAUGACUUGGGGGCUUAAAAAAGAGCUGGGGCACGGACGGACAGGGCUGUCCACUUUGAUCCAUUGUCCGGAAUCCAGAAUCGAGCCUCCAAAGAACCACGUCCCUGGCAGCCGCAGUCUUGGGGGAGGGCCUGGCCAAGUCGGAGUCUGCCAUCCUUUGUGAUUUUCUUGUCUUGGUUGCGGGCACGGCGCUGUAUUCUUAAGCAAACGAUCCGUGGCACCUCAGACUCUCCACGUGUAGUGUAACCGGGAAUCUAGGUAAUCUACCGUGGCGGGUAAUGGAAAUGAAGAAACGAUCUCCAAAUACGUGUACUCUCCAAUGUUUACUCUUGCAAGAAAAACAACUUGACUCGCUCCAGGCUGGGGGUUACGUACGGAACACCGUUGAGAAAACAUCGUCCUGACGCCAAGGUCCGUGCGGGGACAGACUUGGCACUGUGGGCUGGUUCUGGGGCAGGUCGCUGGGGGAAAGCUCCUGUCCCCUGUUCAUUCUGCCCAAGUGUUCCCCCGGGGCAGUCUUGAAAAGCAACCGGCCGUCCCUCCCUCCUGCGUCGCACACCGGGUCCAUUUAAUCAAACUCACCUCUGCAAACACGACACGCCCUCCGUCUCGUCCGCACAGCGAAUACCCUCCCUCCCCUCCCCGCGCGACAUAUCGCCGACCGUCGACCGUCCUUCGAAUGUGUCCCCGACCGAGCUCGAAUCACUCGAAUCCAUCCGCCGUCCUUGCCGACUACCACUUCUACAAAAGAACGGGGCCCAGCCAGCCGCCGCCGCAGCAGCAACGGGCAGUAACAAGUCCAAGUCAACCACCAUCACGCGUCGCAGAACCCCUACCGACAACUCCAUACAACUUCGCCCCACGCGCAUAAUUGUUUUGGCACCUGCCCACACCCGUCUCGCCGUUUUUGGUUGUUUUGGUCCCGCCAGCAAGCAUAGCAAGCAUCACGAUCUGGAUUUCUGAUUUCCCUCCACAUCCCACGUUGAACCUGGCGAACUCCAAGGCAGAGCCCUCAGCCUCGCCAGUGCUGUGGCACUGAUUCAGUUGCCAGCUUACGCGCCGACACACAGCCAUGACGUCCGCCGCACUACCAGCACCACACCCGCCUGUUGCUUCCCAGCAGCAGCAGCAGCAGCCCUCCCAACAUCAUCAUCAACAUCAGCACCACCACCAGCAUACGCCCUCCACCCCCGCGGCUCCCACCCAGCUGUCAUCUGCUGUUUCUCCGCCCAGCAAGCGUGAUCUCAAGUCUUGGUGGAAAGGUUUCAAACUCCCUUCCAAGCACCAGGAAGCAAAUGUCCUGCUCCAGAACAUUGUGCUAGAAGAAGAGAGGCGAGCAGUUCAUUUAGCAAGUGCAAACAUGAGCCCGCCGCUGCCCGAGAGACCGAAGCGACCAGAGGUGCCCAAGUUGGAUGCCAUCGCCCGCAUCCUAACCUGGCGCCUCAGGAGAUUCGCGAGAGGAUCGUGCCCAAAACCGUUGUGCCGAGCCGGACCGAAACUAAUAGUCGCAGACCAAGCCCGUCCCCAAGGCAUCUUUGGUGUUCCCCUCCGGCAGAGCAUCACGUAUGCCAACGUCGCCAUCUCGCUCGUCGACGAGGACGGCAAGAGCUACAUCUAUGGUUAUGUGCCGAUCGUGGUAGCAAAAUGUGGUAUUUUCUUGAAGGAGAGAGCCACUGAAAUUGAGGGCAUCUUUCGCCUCAGCGGGUCUGAGAAGCGAAUCAAGGAGCUCAAGAACAUCUUUGACUCGCCCGAUAGGUACGGCAAAGGUCUCGUCUGGGACGGCUACACGGUUCACGACGCCGCCAAUGUGCUUCGCCGAUACCUGAACGAUCUCCCCGAGCCGGUCGUGCCCCUGGAUCUUUACGAGAAAUUCCGGGAACCUCUGAGAGGGGCCACGAGGCCGGGCGCCGGUGAGGCCGAAGGGCCGCAAUUCGUCGAGACGUUCGAUAUGGACGCCGCCAUCAGGAGGUACCAACAGCUCAUUACGGAAUUACCGCCCCUCAACCGCCAGCUUCUGUUAUACAUCCUGGAUUUGCUUGCGGUCUUUGCGGCCAAGUCGGACCAGAACAGGAUGAAUUCGCAGAAUCUGGCUGCCAUCUUUCAACCCGGCAUGCUUUCCCAUCCUCACCAUGCGAUGGCGCCUGAAGAGUACCGGCUGAACCAACUCGUCAUCAUUUUCCUCAUCGAAAACCAGGAUCAUUUCCUCAUUGGCAUGCAAGGCACAGGAUUGGACGAGAAGACGGCUCAGCAAGUGCAGAACCCCAAGCCUCCGCAUACUCCCAACAGGAAGUCUGGGGUUCAUCGGUCUGCUUCGACCGCGAGCGCCGGAGCCGAGAGUGUCCGAAAGAAUGGGUCGAUUCGUAGGAACAAGUCGACCUCUUCAAGACGUUCCAUGGCCUCCAACGGCGCCCCGAGUCCUGCGAGCCCAGCUGUUGCCACCACCCCGACCGGUGGACUCAACAGGAGCAAUACUGUCCCAUCAAAGAAGUCCCCAGCACUGCAGGCUGGCAGGUUUGGUAAUCGCGGGGAGGCAGUUGUCAGUCCACUGACGCCGGUGGCUCCUCCUACCACCGCAGUCAUACCUCCCCCAGCGGUGCUAGAAGAAGUUGCUACGCCGGAAGAGACGGAAGCAAACACGCAAUUACCGCCAGCGCCGGUACCGGUACCAGUACCGGAAACCACGGCACCAAGCGGGCCACGACCCGAACAUCUAGCCGUCCCGCUACCAAACCUGGCUGUGCCAGGUCAGGAGAAGUUGCUCGAGCCCAUCUCCCCUGUUCCUGAAGUCACGACACCAUCCAAGGAACGGAAGCUGCCAAUUUUGUUCCAACGGAUUGCCACAAGCGACGGUGAAGGUGGAAAGCCAAACAAGCUGAGGAAGAAAAGGAUGCCAGGUAGCGCCAACCCCAGCGCACACAGCUCACAAGCAUCACUGUCGCACUCCGCAGCCGCGUCACCAAACACCGAAACACCCAAUCCUCUGGAGACAAUCUCUUCUGGGUCCAAGCUUGCCAUUCCGGGAGAUGCUCCAGCUGAGCCAAAGUCGGAAACAGCAUCUGACACGACGCCACAGGCGCCAGCACCUCCAGCGCCUCAGCCUACGGUUGCCGAUGCAGAAACUCAACACCACACUCUUUUGACGCCCAACGAUGCAGAAAACACCUUGAAAUCGAAAAAGUCCCCGCCGACGUCACUGAACAGCUCGUUCAACGAGAGCUCGGACAUGGACCAGGUGGAUGAGCUGACGGCUGUGACGUCAGAAGUGACCAGUCCUGAGUCGGGAGAAAAGAGCCAAAAGAAGAGAUGGCGUCUGUCCCGGAAAAAGGAGGACACGGGCCCGUCUUACCCCCCGCUAUCCUCUCCCCGGCUGCUCGGAACGCAUUCCAACGCCGAAACCAGCACCACGUCGAUCGGAAGCUCGGGUUACAAGGGGAGGCAGAGCAUGACGGGCGACUCCCUCGAUCGGGCCAUUGCCAGCGGCGAAGUGUCUUCAGGCGAAGGCGGCGGAAGUGGUGGUAAAGAUAAGAUCUCGAGCUGGAUCAAGAACAAGUACCGUGAGCACAAGGAGAAUGUCGAGCAGCGCAGGGCCAAGUCGCCGCCUGGUGGCGAGAGGACGGUUUCGAUUGGUUCCAGCCUUUUGUCGUCUUCGAGAGGGAAGAGUCUGGAUCUUAAGCGGGCAGAGGAGGAGGGUAACAACGUGGCUGGCAGCGGCGGCGUCCCCGCUCCGGCUCCUCCUCCGGUUGUUCCCCCGUUGCCGGCGGCACCACAGCAGGGUACGAAUACGGAACCGCAAGAGACGUAGCAACAAUGAUUAAAGAAAGGGUGGAGAAGAAGGGUACGGGAGAUCUGCGCAACUCCACACACAAACGGGCUCGGUUACGGCUUACCUAGUUGGUCGGGAUGGGGUUCAUUUCUAAUGAUGACGGCAAACGAUUGUUUAUGAAUUGGGUCUUUGUCCGG